GCAUAUAGCCGCGACCUAUUUUUAUUUAUUUCAUAAUGCUCCAAUAUUUCUUUGUUUAGUUCCAAAUUUGUUUAAAGUAUGAUUAAAAGAGAUUACCCUCAAAUCGAAUUGGUGAAAAAAUAAUAUUGGAGUUAAGAUGAUAGCAAACUACGGAAAGCUACGUAACAAUAUCAUGGUUAAUUACAAGGCAAAGUAUGUGUAAUGUCAAAUUAUGAAAAUACCCUUCAUGUUUGUAUAAUUACAAUCAUCUAUCAAGUAUGUAUAAUGUAUUAUCUUCAGGCCAAAAUUCAUAAUUACAACCAUCUAUCAAGUAUGUAUAAUGUAUUAUCUUCACGCCAAUAUUUCAUACCGUUUAAUAUUUUGUUUGAUAAAUAACUGAAUUAUCAAAGUUUUAUUAAAAAUAGUUAAAGUGUUUUUUUUUUAAUUUAUUAAUUUUAGUUUAAGUACUAAAUAAAAUAAAAAUGAAUACCAUAUUAAAUUAACGGUUCGGUAAUCGACAUGUACGAAUUUUCGUUCGGUUCGAUUCAAUCGGAUUACCUGCCGGAUGAACGCCCCUAGGUAAAUUGACAUUGUAAAGGUGGACCUAUAAGACGAAACAUAGUUUAAUGGAGUGGCCGUGAUUUACCCUUAAUUAUAUUAACAAUUUAUUUAUCUAUUAAUGUUAAUUUAAAAAUAGAAGGGACACCUAUAUUAAAAUAAAAUAACUACUAAUGUUGAUAUUUCAUAAAAUUUAUAAAAUGUAUAAAAAUGCUUCCGGUAAUUCCAAUUAUCGACCCAUAUAUACGAUAGACAAUUGAUUAAUAAAUUGGGUUUUGAUUAACGUCAGAGGUUAAUAAACCGAUAAUCGGCUGAUAAUCAAUUAAUUCGACCCAUGAACAAUCCCAAUUGUUAGUAAAUAUGUAAAUUAAAUUUGUCGCGAAAGUGAUGGUCUAGGGGUUGAAGCAAGUGAGUCUGUGUCAAUUGAUGCAAGUUCGAUUCCUCUUGUCGAUGGUCUUUAGGUCGAGUUUGUCACAUAUAAUUAUCUUAGUGUGGUAUAGGUCUCUCAUAUAAUCUACAAGCUAUUAUAUACUUGGCUGCAGGUUCAGUCAUUUAAAAGAAGAAAAAAAAAAGUAAAUUGAAUCUAGAAUCAAAGGCAUAAAUAUUAGAAUUUCUUGUAAUGUUUAUUAUAUAUUUAGAAAUAUAUUUGAAAAUAUAUAAAUAGAAGAAAUGUUGAAAAGUGUGGUGCUUUACAUUUUCACCCAACAUUUGGCACAAUCUCAUCUCCUCCGCAACGACUCUCCGCCGCCGUUUCCUUUUCCCCUUUCCGGCGGCAAACGGAAUUCCGGCGAAAUCCCCAAAGAACAAACAAAAAUUUCCUCAAUUCAAAAUCCGCCCGAAGAUUUACCUUAAUUUCCCCCUUUCCCCCCUUUUUCACCCCCUUUGGUGUGAAACGUGGCAGAAGCUCCGGAGAGAAAAAAAUUAAAUGCCCAUAAACAUGACGAAUCAGUGUGAAAAAACCCACAUUUAUAAUUAUACAAGAAUUGUAUCUAUCUCUCUCUUCAAGAAAUUAUUUUUUUCUGCGGUGGUUGAUUUAUGGAAGGAACGGCGGGUGCUCUGGGUACUAGUUGGAGCUUGUCUCUGAGAAUGGCGCAAGCUUUUACUGCUUCUUCUUCGCUGCUGAUUAUGUGUUUCGGUAUUGAAUUCUACAGUUACACCGCCUUCUGCUUCUUGGUUGUGGUUAUGGGAUUAGUGAUUCCAUGGGCCUUCACAUUGGCGCUGCUCGAUAUGUUAUCCGUCAGUUUCAAAAACCGGAUUCAUCCACCUGGCAUACUUUCGAUUGUUCUCGUAGGAGAUUGGAUUCUUUCGCUCCUAUCGUUGGCUGCAUCGUUUUCGACAACGAGCGUGACCCGUAUUUUGGUGUUUACCGGCGAUUCUUUCUGCAUCGAAAAUAAAUGCAAAAGAUAUCAAACGGCUGCUUUUAUGGCUUUCUUGUCUUGGUUUCUGCUUUCGGUCUCAUCUCUUAUCAAUCUAUGGUUUCUUGCCAAAUUGUAGUUUGUUUCUUGAUAUUGUGAGGGAAUUGUUAUAUUUAUGCAAUAAUUAUAAAUUGGAAAUACUUUAAAAUAAUGUUUAAUUGUAUUUUGUUCAUCAUUGUAUAAUUCUAGUAUUUGAUCUUAUGGAAUGGGAUUAUUUUUAUUAGUAAUAAUACGAAGUGUUGUAGAUGCUAUACCCGACGAUACCACGUGUAUAAUCACACGGUAUACUUGUACACACAAUAACACACAUUUUCUUUUAUAUAUAAAUGAACGUAAAAUAUGUAUUGUAUUAUAUACACGUUUACGUUUAGGUGUAACUAGGGAUGGUAUAUUAUGAAAUUUCAUACUUUUGUCGAUUUUGAUCGAA